AUGCCAGCUUUAUGCUAGGGAUCCAUUCUAUAUAGCUACCGAAGCUUGCUUCUAGACCGCACACCCCAAGCUACUGUCUGUCGUAGCUUAGUAGCGACCAUGUCUAUUCCAGGACUUGGCCUGGAAACCUUCGCUGCUCAGCCAGCAGCUCCCACCGGCGCCUCCACUACUCGGGUCAUCAAGCUCGACCAGCUGUCUGAAUGGCGAUUCGAGGUUGGCUUCAGCUCCGAAGUCGAAGUGAAGCUUGUUGCCGGCGUUGCAGAAAAAGAUGGCACGGAGCUCGCCGCACACCACGUCUAUCGCUUCAGCGGUGUCAAGACGAAAAUCCUCACAUUCAUGGGCUGCCAGCUCGAAGUUACUGGCACCUGCGAUGACGAGUUCCUCGCAGACUUUCCGAAACCUACCGACUCACCGAUGAAUUCUUACCUCAAUCUCCACUUCAAACUACAUGCUCUUCGACAGCAUGCGGCAGCGGCGAAAGCAGAAGGACCGCGCGUUAUGAUCUGCGGGCCUCCGAACACAGGCAAGACAAGUGUGGCGCGGACAUUGACAAGCUACGCUACGCGACUGGAGGGACAACCUUUGAUGGUCAACAUGGAUCCCAAAGAGGGCAUGCUGUCUCUGCCAGGCACACUGAGUGCCAGCGCUCUGGCUUCCAUCCUGGAUAUCGAGGCUGUAGACGGAUGGGGCACCACGCCCACCAGCGGGCCCAGUCAGGUACCUGUCAAGCUACCUCUAGCAUUCUACUACGGACGAACAAGCCCGGCCGAAGACCCUAAGAAAUACCUUGAACUCGUAAGCCGCUUGGCAGGCUCUGUGACUUCUAGAUUCACCCAAGAUCCCGACGUCAAGAGCUCUGGCAUGAUCAUCGACACGCCUAGCAUGGAUGAAAAGAGUAAAGCCAGCAUGGAUGUUCUCGUGCAUAUUGCCGAAGAGCUAUCGGCAAACAUCAUCCUCGUAUUGGGUUCUUCACGCGUCAACACAGAGCUGAGCAGGCGGUUCGCCAAUGAACGUACCGGCCUCGGAGAACAAAUCCAUGUUAUUCAUCUCGACAGAUCCGAGGGAGUGGCCACACGAGAUGAAGGGUACAUGCAACAAGCAUGUGAGGCUUCGAUCAGAGAGUACUUUUUCGGCAACAUUGGGCGAACUCUUAGUCCUGCGACUCAGCAGGUCGAUUUUGACAGCCUCACCAUUUACAGGCUGGGUGACUACUCGGUGUACGGCAACGGAGACGAGGGCCUCAUGCUGUCCGAGCCAUCAGGCCUCAUGGCACAUUGGACUUUAGCCGUCAUGUACGCCUCUACAAAGGAUUCGCCUGAGACCAUUCGCAACGCGAACGUCAUGGGGUAUGUUUACGUCGCCGAAGUUGACAAAGAGAGGCGCAAAAUGAAAGUUCUCGCGCCAGUCAGCGGUCGACUGGGUGAUCGCCCUCUGCUCUGGGGCAAGUGGCCGGAACCAUUCGUCAACUUGUUGGGUUAGGCCGCCCUUAUCCAAAAUAUCCCACCUACGUACACCAAACAACAGUCCGCGGCUCAAAGGAGGCUGGACGCCAAGCAAAUUCUUGACGCGCUUAUAAGACACGACUUUAACGAAUAGCCAUGCGAUUAUGAUGCUCUGAGCCCCAUAGUACCAUGUAAACCCGGAAGCCUUUCAUUACCAGUGGUCAAAAGGCUUUGCCUUGGAAUUCAUGCAAUUAUGUUCCUGCCGUGCCGCGUCGGAUUCGUCGCAGCUGGAAUAGGCUGAUCAAUAACGACCAUGUGAUGCGUCUGGUCACAUCUGCGGAUCACGAAAGAAGUUCUCUUUCGGUGUCGUCAAGAUUUCGCAGCUGCAACUGCACCCAGACGGAUACGAGGUCCAGAAAAAAGCGCUCUGAUAGCCUGGAGCUCUAUCAUGGAAAUUCAUAUCCUACGUUCGCGCAUCCGCACAAUCUUUCAACUGCUGGUCGUCAUCCAUCAUGCGCCACAUCCUACGCAAGCUGGGCUGCAGCGGCAGCGAGUUCUUCUAUGCCCAGGCGGAUGGCAGACCAUGGGAAUAGACCGAGGAUCUUCGCCAAGGUCUUUAUCUGUCGACGUGCGCUAUUUCUCUCCACGACCGAAAUCUGCACCGAGAUGCGUCCAGGGUUCGUCAGUGUACAUAGCAUCAACACGUUCUGCCUCAC